UUCGUAGUCGCUCGUGAGCCGCUGUUAGCGCGGCGACGUGCUUUUAUGCUCUUACAAACUUACGUAAAAAAUAUUGCGCGAGUUAUAUUUUUCAGAAAAUUAUUGAAACUCCAUUGGUACUGCACGUGUGUGGAUUAAGUGUAUAUUGUGGACCAGAAUGGAUUUAUCCUGUGGAGAGAAUCUGCCUAAUUCAGGCAAUCGCAGCGGGAGCAGUGGAAGAACGGCAGACAUGUGCGUCGCCGGCCCCGACAGGGCUUUAGACCGCGACCCUCGGCUCCUGCUGAACCUUCUUACACUGGAGCGAGCACAUGCUCUGCACACAGAUUACUUCCAAACUGUACAGAUUGAUAUACAACCGUUCAUGAGAAAAGUUGUCACAACAUGGAUGUUAGAGGUGUGCGAGGAACAACAAUGCGAGGAGCAGGUGUUCCCAUUAGCGGUGAGCUACAUGGACCGGUUCCUGUCGCACCGCGCCAUCUCGCGACAGCAGCUGCAAUUGCUUGCUGUCACCGCGUUGCUCUUGGCCUCCAAGUUCAGACAGUGUCACCCGCUUUGCGUUGAUCUACUCUGCGCGUACACGGACAACUCCGUAUAUCCAAAUGAAGUCAGGCAAUGGGAAGUGAUGCUGCUGCAGCGAUUGAACUGGCAGCUGUCGAUAGCGACAGCAUUUGACUUCGUUGACCCUUUCCUGGCGCGCCUCCCUUGGGGAAGAGACAACGCUUUGGUCCGGACACAUGCUCUCACACUCACCUCGGUCUGCUAUACUGGUGAGUAACGAAAUAUAGAUGUU